CACACCAGGAGACAGACGAUAAGAUUCACCUGCAGAGCAAAACCACUUCUCUGACUGAAAGAGGACAUUUACAGGAGGGAACACUGGGAAUACUGGGAUACUAACACUUCACCCAGCUGCUGAAUCCACAAACUGAACGAGUGUUUAACAAGAACAGAGACUCAAAGUGAAAGUAAGUUUCAGAGAACAGGGAGUGGCUGAGCUGUCUGCCUGCUGUGUUUUCACUCAGAGACUAAAUGGCGUCCAGAUUAGAGGAAGAACUCUGCUGUCCGGUCUGUAAGGACGUCUUUAAAGAUCCUGUCACUCUGUCGUGUUACCACAGCUUCUGUAAAGACUGUCUGCAGAGCUGGUGGAAGGACAAAGAAACCAAAGAGUGUCCGGUUUGUAAGAGAAGAUCUUCAAAGGUAUUACCUCCUAGCUUUGCCUUAAAGAACGCGUGUGAGGCUUUGUUACAGGAGAGAGAUCAGAGAGCUUCAGAGCCUCUCUGCAGUCUGCACUCUGAGAAACUCAAACUCUUCUGUCUGGACCAUCAGCAGCCAGUGUGUCUCGUCUGCAGAGACUCAGAAAAACACUCCAACCACAGAUUCAGACCCAUUGACGAAGCUGCACAACAACACAAGAAGGAACUUCAGGAAACUCUGGAGCCUUUAAAGAAGAAGUUAAAGGGUUUUAAAGGAGUUAAAGUGAAGUUUGAUGAAACAGCAGGACACAUUCAGGUCCAGGCCCGACGCACAGAGACGCAGAUUAAGGAGCAGUUUAAGAAGCUUCACCAGUUUCUAGAAGAGGAAGAGGAGGCCAGGAUGGCUGCACUGAGGGAGGAAGAGGAGCAGAAGAGUCAGAUGAUGAAGGAGAAGAUGGAGGCUCUGAGCAGAGAGAUAGCAGCUCUUUCAGACACAGUCAGAGCCACAGAGGACCAGCUGAGAGCUGAACACGUCUCAUUCCUGCACAACUACAAGGCUGCAGUGGAAAGAGUCCAGCAGCGCCUCCUGCUGGAGGAUCCACAGCUGCCCUCAGGAGCUCUGAUAGACCAGGCCAAACACCUGGGCAACCUGGCCUUCAACAUCUGGAACAAGAUGAAGGACAUGGUCUCCUACAGUCCUGUCAUUCUGGACCCAAACACUGCUCAUCCAGAACUCAUCCUGUCUGAAGAUCUGACCAGUCUGAGACGAGGAGAGAAACAGCAGCUUCCUGAUAAUCCAGAGAGGAUUGAUUAUUACCGCUCUGUUCUGGGCUCUGAGGGCUUUAACUCAGGGACUCACAGCUGGGAGGUCCAGGUUGGAGACAGUAAAGGCUGGUCACUGGGUGUGUUAGCAGAGUCUGUCCAGAGGAAGGGAAGCAGACAGUCUGGAUUUUGGAGAAUUGGGUUCCAUAAUGAUAAAUACAAAACAGUCUCUCCAUCACAUCCAUCCACUGAUCUCCCAUUGGAGAAGAAGUUCCAGAGGAUCAGAGUGAAUCUGGACUGGAACAGAGGAGAGCUGUCAUUCUCUGAUGCUGACACUAACACACACAUACACACCUUCACACACACUUUCACUGAGAGAAUGUUUCCAUAUAUUAACACUUGGUCUACUCUCCCACUGAGUGUUUCACCCCUGAAGGUCUCUGUGGCUGCAGAACAACAGCAAUAGAUGAUGGUAAAUGUGUAUUUCAGGAAUUAUCUCCUGACUCUCUGAGUGACUUGUGACUGUGUUGUCCAGAUGAUGCUGCUGGUUGUCAUGGUGAUGUGAACGAAAUAAGAAUAUAAGAAAUAUAACAACAAAUAAUCUGAAAACAUCUGUGAUCUUCUGCAACAUGAUCCAGAUAAAUAUUUGUGAUUGACAGCCGCUUCAUGAAUCACAGGACAAGGUUUUUUUUUUUUCAACUUCCAUUAACAUAAAUUGUUCUGCUGCACUCAGCAGCUAGAAAAUGAGAUUAAAGCCUCGGCUGGAAUAUUCAGAGACUCUGAGACCAAGUCAGUGACUAGGAGACAAAGUCCCAACUUUUAUGUAACGUGUUGCUGCAUUAAAUUCAGUGUAUAUAUUCACAAUAAACAAUAAAGUUUAUCAGUUUGAACGUAAA